GCCCUCUCGCUGGUGCCGCCUUCCCUCCGGCGGCGGCGGGAGGAGACAAGAUGGCGGAGGCCUCCGCCGCCGCCCUCGCCCCGCACCGCUUCUUCUGCCACAGCUGCAAGGGCGAGGUCAGCCCCAAGCUGCCGGAGUACACCUGUCCCAGGUGCGAAUCGGGCUUUAUUGAAGAAGUGACUGAUGAUUCCAGUUUCCUUGAAGGCGGCGGCAGCGGGAUCGACGACAGCCCUUCCACUCCCUUUGCAGAGUUCUGGGACCAGCUGGAACGUUCGAUGGUUUUCCCGUUGCUGAGCGGCGGGGGGGCCCUGGAGGCGGCCGCGGAGGGGGCGGGCGGCCCCCGGGAGAGCGAGCGGGGGCCCCCGGCCCACCCCACCGACCUCUGGGGCCCCGGGCGGCCCCCCCGACUCCCCGUGGCGCGCCGGUACCGGGCACGCUACAGCUCCCGCCCUGAGCGCUCGCCUGCCAUCGAGGGGAUCAUCCAGCAGAUCUUUGCGGGCUUUUUUGCCAAUUCGGCCAUUCCUGGCUCCCCUCCUUCGCCUUUCUCCUGGGGUGGGACCUUGCAUUCGAGUCCCGGAGACUAUGCCUGGGGUCAGAGCGGCCUGGAUGCAGUCGUCACACAGCUUCUGGGCCAGCUGGAGAACUCGGGCGCCCCGCCGGCCGAGAAGGAGAAGAUCUCCUCCCUCCCCACGGUGACGGUCACUCAGGAACAAGUCGAUACGGGCCUGGAAUGCCCCGUCUGCAAGGAGGACUACACCUUCGCGGAACAGGUCCGGCAACUCCCCUGCAACCACUUCUUCCACAGCAGCUGCAUUGUCCCCUGGCUGGAGAUGCACGACACGUGUCCCGUGUGCCGCAAGAGCCUCAACGGGGAGGACUCCACGCGGCAAGGCCCCGGUCUGGAGCCCUCCUCGGCCGGCGGCCCCUUCGGCGGGGCCGGACGCCUGGACGACCGGUGGACUUUCUAACGGGGGCCUUUUGGGCGAGCGCCUCCUUCCCGUAGUUCUCCGUGUGCGUGGCACGACCACCUAAAACCCAAGUAGUGCGGAUGAGAGAGCGGAGGGAGGGAGCCGUGAGCGAAGGGAUCCAAGAUGGCCGCCUGCCCGGAAACCACUAACCCUCGAGAACCGGCCUCGUCGUCACCGUUCGCCGUUCCUGAAAAUUCAACCCGUCUUCCAAGAUGCGAAACGAGAGGGCGAGGAAAACUCGUCAAAAAGAAUCCCGCGAAUUCGCUCCUCCCGAAACAACGUUACUCGUUGUAUUUCACUCUUCCCAAAACACAACAGGGAUUUACUUACUCGUUCCGUCUCGACCUCAACGUACAUCGGAUUUUCUAUUGUUUUCAUCCGAUUUGGCUUCCCGAAACACAACAGGGAUUUAUUUACUCGUUCCGUCUCGACCGCAACAUACAUCGGAUUUUCUAUGUUUUCAUCCGAUUUGGUUUCCCGAAACACAACAGGGAUUUAUUUACUCGUUCCGUCUCGACCGCGACAUACAUCGGAUUUUCUAUUGUUUUCAUCCGAUUCGGUGACCGGUUUUCGACUCUAAUUCCCCGUCAAAAAAAAACCCUGCCAAGAACAGAGGGUGCGAGGCCCAGAUUUUUUCAGGUAAACGACUCCCGACGAACUGUGAAGCGAUGCGCCUCUAGUGAAUCUAUAUAUACAUAUACAUAUAUAUAUAUAUAUAUUUCUUCCUUUGCUGCUGCCUCGUUUCUCCUUUGGUUUGUUUUUUUUUGACCGCUACUUUAAAAAGACUCCUUUCUGCUGCCUUGAAAAAUGGACCACGUUUGAUUCCAACCUCCAAAGACUACUAAUAAUAUUAUUAUUAUUAUUUUUGCAGGAUGUUCUCUCCCGCCAGUAUUUAAAAAUGAGAAUGUCAUUUGUCUGCUGUCAUUAAAGAAACACACCCUU